AGUUUCCAAAACAAAGAACUUCCAAACUCCGUGGAUUAAAGACAUCGAAUAAAAACGAAAAAAUUACGUACAUACAUAUAGAAAACUAAAUAUGAGUACUUGACCUCCGGCGUACGAAGCAUUGAAAACUGGUAUUGCAUAUCAGGUAGUGAAGUGUGAAAGUUUGGUUGCGACGUAAUUGUUGCAUUGAUUUUUAAACAAACACAAAAUUGUGUAAACCCAGACGUUUUCAUAGCAGUAAUCAAAAUAUCCGAACUAUCUGUGAAAAAAAAAAAUUAAAAUUGCUCAUUUAAAUUUUGUAAGCGCAAACGAUUACACGGUCACCAUGAACAACGGUGGCUUUAGUUCAGGUGAGGAAGAUUCUCGGGACGGGCAUAGUACAUGUUGCCUCAUCGAUGACGAUGAGCGCUGCCGUAAUCCCGCCGGCAAUGCGAGAUAUAGCAAACGCAUACAAAAAACGGUGCAACAAAAACGCCUGAAACUGCGUAAUGAUCCCACCGCGGAACGCAUUUACAUCUGUGAAUAUCACAAGUGCCAGAUACAAUCCGCACGUAGCAAACGUCGUCGCAAGGAUUCCGAAGAAGAUAGCAACGAGACAGACAACGAAAUGCCUGAUGCUAUGGUGCCUGAUCUUUAUCAAUUGCAAGUGAAUACGCUGAGGCGCUACAAACGUCACUACAAGGUGCAGACAAGGCCCGGCAUGAAACGGCAACAGCUGGCGGAUACAAUCAUGAAGCAUUUCAAAACGAUACCGAUCAAAGAGAAGGAAAUAAUCACCUACUUCGUAUAUAUGGUUAAAUCAAAUUCGAAUAAGCUGGAUCAGAAAAAUGGUCUUGGCAAUGAUACAACUUGAGGGAAGCGUAGUUAAGUAUUUGCCGUUUCGGCAAAUGGGUGCUACUGUUCUAAAAACAUAUAGUUCUCCAAUAAUAGCAGCAAUCAAUUAGCUUAAGUUUCCUUCGUGUAAAUGUAUUUAGAUAUAAGAUAACAUUGCUUAUAUGGUAUCAUAGUUUUCAUGUUCACUUAGUUUCGAAAGUCAGAAUUGUGCAGUUAAAUCUCUACUAAAACGAUUAUGUAAACAAUAAAUAUUGUUUUAUGUGCUAAACUAUGUUUAUAGAAAUGUAAAAAGUUAACUACUCAACUCUGUUUAAUAAAGUAAAUGAUCAAUUUUGCAAUACUAAUAAGGUGUUAAUAGGGGUAUUCUCAGAGUCUUGCAAAACCCUUGCAUGGUUCACAGAUUACAUGGAUUGCAUGGUAAAAACCGGUUUUCGUAUGGGACAGCUUUGCAAACCGUGCACCGUGCAAGGGCUUUGCAAGAUUAAGAAUACCCUUAAUGUGUUUUUAUACAUUUCAUUAUGGACUUGUAAUCAAAGGCGAUGUUAUUUGUGCUAUGCGGCUUAAGGUCCUAUGCAAAGUGCUUUUCAUUCUGAGCCACCAACUAACAACCAUUAUUAUUUCAUUUAGUUUUAGUCUGCUACGAUAUCAAAUCAAAUUGUCUACAAAGCACAAGGAUUCAUGUCUGUUAAGCCGCAUUUAUUAACAUGAAUAUACAUAUCGAGGGAGUAAAAUUCAGCGUGUAAAUUUAAUUUUAUGAUUCGAAUGUGAAUCACGUU